UAUGGUUUACACAUUGUUGAGUCUAGACGAUUUUUCGGGCAUGAAAAUCACACCCAACAUGAGUAGUAUGGAUUAUUUACUUGCGGUCUCUGAAGUCUCUUACUUAAAAUCCAUGUAUGGUGAAGAAGACAACUUAAUCGCCGAACAAGAUGAAGAAUUUCGUAUCAAGAAAGAAGAAAGGAUCACUCAGAAUAUUCGGUCUAUCGUGUCCUCAUUCCCAGAAGUUGUUGAUUUUGAAAAGCCAGUUCUUGAUUUCACCAUCCCAAGGGGAAAACGAUCAAGGCCAAACGCGCGUCCAAGAGAAGUUAAAGUUCUGGAAAAUAAUUCUGAAGAAGAACACAGAGUAGUACAAGUUGAUAAUGAGGAAAGAAACCGAAAAAGAUCACGAGAAGAAGCCAACGGCAAUUUUAGACCUGUAGUCGUCGCCCCUCCUGCUGUUAUAGUCAACAGAGAAUUGAGUAUCGAAUUCAAGAAUCUGAUUACAUUCCAUGGGGGUUUACUUGAAUCAGCUAAAUUGGUCAUUGAAAAAACACUAUUCGAGACGGAUGUUAAAGCAGCAGAGGGAAGGUUUUCAAUCCCACAAAAGCAGAUGAGUAAUCAGUUUCUAAAGCCUGAGGAAGAACAACUUUUGAAUGGGCGCAAUGAGGCUAAUAAAAUGUGUGAGAUGAAUGUGAUGUUGAUUGAGCCUUCGCAUAAAAAAGGUGAAAUAAAUCUGAGAAAAUGGACAAUGAACAAAAACAAUGGGAAAGCAAGUUCAAGUUAUGUGUUGGUUAAACACUGGAAUGAUGUGGUAAGAAGGAAUGGUUUGAGAGCUGGUAUGAAGAUGCAAUUGUGGGCAUUCCGAAAGGGUGAAAACUUGUGUUUUGCCCUCGUUAAUGUUUAA